UGGACCUCGGGGGUGAUGGGAGCGCAGCGGCCACCGACGCAUUGGCGUACAACCCACUCCAGUGUGCUGUCCAGCUCUGCCCUUGACACCGCUGAACUUUUCUCGACGAUUAACGACAGGAACAACCCGAGCACUGCAAGAUUGUCGGUUCAACCACGAUAAACUGUCUCAGCGUGGUUACGAUAUUUGCCGCUCUGCAGACAUUCAAAACCACGCGGAAAUCCAAGCUCGUGAUUUGGCUUCUCCGUUUCGGCGUGAAGGUGGGCUGCAGAUGAAGGAUGCUGAAUGUUCCAGUCGUUCUCGUCGCCAUGUGGACAUCUCUGCACCCAGUGCUGGGUCAGCAGCAGAGGUUCCGCGUCCGUCCCUCCAACACCAGCGUCAUUGAGGGGGAGAGUGUGACGCUGCGCUGUGAGGUGGACCAUCAGGCCGGCAGACCGCAGUGGGCCAAGGACGGCUUCGCCAUGGGAUACGAGCGCAGUCUGCCAGGCUUCCCCCGGUAUCAGGUGCUGGGCGACGCUGGCUCGGGGGUGCACGACCUCGAGGUCACCAACGCGACCCUGGAGGACGACGCCUGGUUCCAGUGUCAGGUGUCGCCCAGCCAGGGCCAGCCCGCCAUUCGCGCCGCCGCUUUCCUCACUGUUCUCUUGAAGCCGCUGUCCGUGUUGGUGACGUCAUCGGCCCGCACGCCUCGCCCGGACGUGUACGAGGUCAGGGAGGGCAGCUCGCUGACCUUGCAGUGUGACGUCACCGAGGCCAAGCCGGCGGCCACCGUCCAGUGGCAGCGCAACGGCGCCAUCUUCCGGCCAGACCAGGAGGUGACGUUCUCGGAGCCGGACAGCCCGGAGCGAAACGAUACGAGCUCCAGCAUAACGCUGCAGCCCACACACGUGGACAACGGCGCGGGCUACUCGUGCCUUGCCCGGCACCCGGCCGUGAGACCGGCCGAGCAGCACCUCUACAACGCCACCGUCACUCUCUCGGUGCUCUACGCGCCAGGACCGCCGGAGAUCGUCGGGUAUGAGGAGGACGAGGUGGUGCGCAUGGGCGAAAAGAAGACUCUCUCGUGCAUUUCCCGCGCCGGAAACCCGUUGGCCGAGCUGGUCUGGUUCAAGAACGACGAGCCCAUCACGUACCAGUACCGCACGAUCCGCGGCCGAGCCAUCUCGGAGUACUCGUUCAAGGCGGAGGCGUCCGACCUGCACGCCAUCUAUCGGUGCGAAGCGUCAUCGAUAGUUCACCCGCAGCCGAUGGUGACGUCGGUGCAGAUGAAUGUUCAAUUCGGUCCCGAGACGGUGGAGGUGACGGGCACGGAGGAGGCCAAACGGGGCGAGCCGGUCGAGCUCUCGUGCACCACUUCCAGCAGCAACCCGCCGGCCAACAUCACCUGGGUCAUCAACGGCCGCACCGUCACCAAUACGUCCCACAUUAUCGAAAGCCACCCGGACGGAGGGUGGGUGUCGAAGUCGAACGCCUCGUCAGUCGUCCCUGACACCAUGAGGGAGGACAUGGUGGUCUCGUGUUACGCUCUCAACCCCGCACUGGGCCUGACCGAAGUCGGCACCCUCAAGGUCACCGUGCUGUAUCCGCCGAAGCGGCCGCGGAUCCUGGGAUACGUGCCGGGCACGCACCUGCGCGCCGGCCAGCGCGUGUCGCUCUCCUGCGUGGCGCAGGGCGGCAGUCCGCCGGCCUCGCUCUCCUGGUACAAGGGCGACGACGAGCGCGAGGCGGAGACGAGCGAAGAGGACGGCGUCGCCCGCGGCGUCAUCACCUUCGCUGUCGACUUUACCGACAACGAGGCGGUGUUCCGCUGCGACAGCACCAACCCGGCCAUGGACAAGCCGCACAGCACCAACGUUACACUGCUGGUGUACUACCCUCCGGCCAGCCUGAAGCUGAAGGCCAAGCCGAAGAGUCUGGCGGCGGGCAUGCGAGCCGUGCUCACGUGCGAGUCACGUCCAAGCAACCCUGCAGCUAACCUCACCUGGUGGCGUGACAGCGAACUAGUGACGCGGGGCGUCGCCAGGCUUACCAGCAAGCCCGCCGGCGACCACGGCGGGUUCAGCAGCCGCGUGAGGCUGAGGAAGCGACUGAAGUGGACGGACGACCAGGCCGUGUACACCUGUCGCUCGCAGCAGGCCGUGCUGCCGGGCAACAUGCACGACGCCAUCACCCUGCACGUGGCCUUCGCGCCCGUGUUCCCCGAGCCGUCGGCGACGGAGGACAUCCACGCCGGCGAUUCCCGCCUGCUCAACUUCACCGCUCGGGCCAGCCCGGACAACAUCACCUACAGCUGGUACCGGGGUGCGGCGGCGCUGCCCGCCGAGGAGGCGCGCGUGGUCGGCCUCGGCGCCCUGCUCAACAUCAGCCAGGUGGAGAAGAGCGACGCCGGCUGGUACCGGCUCGAGGCCGAGAACACCGAGGGCACCUCCACCAUGCGCGUUAACGUCAACGUGCAGUACGAGCCUGAGGUCACCGCCAUCUCCCGCGAGCUGCUGGUGGCGCCUGGCGAGACGGCGCAGCUGGAGUGCGUGGCCGACGCCAACCCCACCACCGACGACAUGAUCACCUGGCACCGCGACGACUUCAGCUUCGACUCCAACAAGACCAAGACGUUCUACAGCAACGGCACGUCGUACCUGAGCGUGUACGGGGCAGAGCUGGCCGACAUUGGCGAGUUCCUCUGCCAGGUGGACAACGGCCUGGGCGAGGUCAACGCCACAGCGGGACUGCUCGUGCAGCACGCGCCCGAGAUCGAUACGAGUCCGCAGCACCUGAAGGCGGCCGCCGAGAAGGGCGACACGGCGCGCGUCACGUGCCGCGCCCGCGGAGCUCCCAACGUCACGUUCGAGUGGUCCCGCCAGGGGGUCGUCAUCGACGAGACGACUGACGCCGAGAAACACCAGCUGGAGUACACACGGGUUGACCUGGUCACCUGGCAGUCGGUGCUGAAGGUGGUGUCGGUGGUGACGGCCGACUACGGCGAGUACGUGUGCGUGGCGCGCAACGAGCUGGGCUUCCAGCGGCAGCCGAUCGUGCUGGGCGGCACCACCUCGCCCGACCCGCCGCUGGAGCUGCACGCCCUGAACGUGACGCACGACAGCGUGCUGCUCACCUGGACACCGGGCUUUGACGGAGGGCUGAUCCAGCGCUACCGGGUCCGCUACACAAGACAGGUGGGACCGGAGCGGUUCAGCUACGACGACGUGCAGCCGGAGAACGCCACCACGUUCCGGGUGGAGCUGCUGUACCCCAACACCGAGUACAGCUUCGCCGUCAUGGCCUUCAAUGAGCGAGGAGAGAGCGGAUACACCAAGGACGUGGUCAAGGCCAAAACUGCAGACGGGCCGGGGGUGAAGUAUGUGCCUGACGACGACUACGCCAGCGAAACGCUCUCGCGAGUGGCCAUCGCCAUGGUGACGGUGGCGGGCGCCAUUCUCCUCGUCAUCAACGUGGUGCUCAUGAGCUGCUACGUCCGGCGGCGGCGUCUCAUCCGCAAGGCGGCCUCGAGUGCCGUCAGCACCGGCUCGGAGACGCUCCAGAUGUCGGGCGGCGAGAGCCUCCGCUCGGCGUCCACCGCCGCCGACGAUACCUACUCGGACGACGGCGACGACGACACGAGCAGCGAUCAGGAGCACGACUCGUACUCGGGGCGCCGGUCCUCGCGGGCGGCGCUGAGCGACGGGCGCCCCGUGUCGCCGGCCUCCAACGGCUACGGCCGCACGGUCCGGCGCACGCCCUACGCCUACGACGCCGGCUACGACGGCCGGGGCGGGACGCACCCGUCGGCCGUGCCCACGCCCGACCUGGUGCCCCCGGGCGGGCUGGGCCGGCGGUACGGGGAGCAGCACUACCCGCCGCCCGGCGGCCCGUCCGACUGGGUCAACACAUACGGGCGCACGCAGCUCCCGGGCAGCAGACGGGUCGCCACACCGGCGUCAUCCAUACGCGGCAAUGUGGACUUUGAACAGCGCGGCCACUUAGUAUAGGUGACGUUAGUGUCUGGCGUCGAUCGGUUCUUGCUUGGUGAGAGGCCCUGAGUGUGGGAUUUACUGCACUUCUGCGUACCAGUGGUGCAUGCGGCAGAUUGCCAGCGUGCGGCCCAUUCAGCGACAGCUGAGAGCAGAGGGCGACUGAUCUGAUCGUCCAUGAGCACCGCCAGGAGCCUCGUGUCACCGUUCUCAACUACGUCACUGGAUGGCCUGCCCACGUUAACCUCCGCACGAUUCGGGCUGUCGCCGCAGUCAUCUGUUUCUCAUACAUCUUCCACAAUAUGCUAGACGCCUUGCAUCAGCUGCUUUGCUAAGCCAUACUGAGAUUUUGUCCUGGUGAUCCACUGGCGAAGCGCCCUUUUAUUGUCAUUGUCGCCGGCCCCGUUUGAGCGCCCGAAAAAGCACGGCCGCUGUAUAGCAGGGCUCACUGUGAGCAAUGCUCGGGAAGAGGGUGGCUACGGUAGCGCCAUAAGUUCUACCUCUCACUCGAUUCAAUGAGCCCCGAAAGGGUCUGUCCGGGAGAGACGGUCUAGCACAACCCAACGAAACCGUAACGGUCGUUUAUUUGAAGCUCGUCCGACCUGACGACGGGUUACCGUGAUUCUUGGCCCGAGGUGACACUAAAAGACGUAUUUAAUCAAUAGCUUGAUAGCUUCCAGCGUUAGCUGUGCAUUUGGUCAUUAAGAUUACGUAGCAUCGAUGCCAUCCAUGAGCAAUAUUUAUCAACGGAGUUCAUCAGGCUAUCGCUACACGCAUUGUACCGUGUAACCUGUAGCGUAGCGACGAGAUGGCGCAUGGCAGCGUUCCGAAAAUACGUUACUUACCAAAAUUGUGGUGUAAUUCCUAUCGUACUAUAUAACUGGCAUGCAUGUAAACAUUACCACGUAAUUGCACUUUUCACGGCUCUAGUCGGAUAUACGCUUGCUUUAUAUGUGAUUUGUGCCGCGUAUUUUCUGUUCGCAGCAGGUAACACAAUCCAGAUGUUCCAGUCAUUUUAAGUACGAUCAAACUGAAGGGACUUGAUGACGCCCAACCCGUCUCGCGGGUCGGGUGACUGCCAGGCAUGGGUUUUGUAAUCGAUGUGGUGCGGCACGAAUAAAUGGGAUCGUAUAAA